CGCCGCCGAGCCCCGCGCGCUCCCCCACCCCCACCAAGGUUGGGCCGCUGGAACACCGCUCAGCGGACAGACAGCGGCCCGCGGGACAGCGGAAGGACGGGUGCACAGAGGCGCAGGGGUCUGAUCCGCCAGCCGAAGAGUCGCCAGUAGGCCCAGGGCCCCGGCAAGUGCCCAGCCCUGCUGGGAGCCCCGGCCAGCACCACGGACGGCACCCAGGAAGCCCGAGUCCCCCUGGACGGGGCCUUCUGGAUUCCGAGGCCCCCAGCAGGUUCACCUAAGGGCUGUUUUGCCUGCGUGUCCAAGCCCCCUGCCCUGCAGGCUCCAGCGGCCCCUGCCCCUGAGCCCUCAGCCUCACCCCCCAUGGCACCCACUCUGUUCCCCAUGGAGUCCAAGAGCAGCAAGACGGACAGCGUGCGGGCUGCCGGCGCCCCCUCGGCCUGUAAGCACUUAGCGGAGAAGAAGACAAUGACAAACCCCACGACUGUCAUCGAGGUCUACCCGGACACCACCGAGGUGAACGACUACUACCUGUGGUCCAUCUUCAAUUUCGUCUACCUCAACUUCUGCUGUCUGGGCUUCAUCGCCUUGGCCUACUCCCUCAAACUCACACACCUGGCCACCUGCUCUCUCGUCCUCCUCCUGUCUCACCAGCAACACCAUCACCACCUGGCAGUCGUGCCUUCGUCUUCAGGUUCGGGACAAGAAGCUUCUCAAUGACCUGAAUGGAGCCGUGGAGGAUGCUAAGACAGCCCGGCUGUUCAAUAUCACCAGCUCUGCCCUGGCUGCCUCCUGCAUCAUUCUCAUCUUCAUCUUCCUGCGGUACCCGCUCACCGACUACUGAGGCCCCGACAGGCCUGCCCGCCUUGGAGUCAAAGCACUGAGACAUGUUUAUUUUUGUGAGCACUGACAUGCAGGUCCUGUGAGGUUGGGGCAAAGCAGGGCUCCUUCCCUGGGUCCCCCCGAGGCUGUGAACCAGGCAAUGAGGCCAUCAGAAGUUGAGUAUGGCACGGGAGCUUUGAGCUUCAUCCUAGCUCACCCUUUCUGCCUCCUGGCCUCUGUCUCUGCCUGUUUCUGGGGCCCAUGGGCUUCUCUCUGUGCUGCUGCACCCCGGCUUCCAGUGGCUGCCCUCCCUACCUUCAUGUGCCCCUUCCCAGGCUCCUGGGGCCCCUCAGACCUGACACCCAGCAAGAAGGGCUUAUGUGGGAGCUUCCCAGGAUGGGGGCACUGCCAGCAUCUGGGGACUCGGUCUAUCCUCCCUGACCCCUGCCUUUCUCAAGCUGUGACCCUGCUCAGAGCUCUUGUAUCUGUGAACUUUCAAUAAAAUAUCCCCCAGCUCCAGCCCAACCUUCUGACCUGGGAUGGACAUGGAGGGAAAUUUGGAGGCUUUGGGAGCUUUCUUUGGGCACCACUUUGUGGUCUGAGGCCUGAAUGCCACAUCAUGACUGAGACUGAAGAAUUUGCCCUGUAACUCAGGCAGUUGUCCAUGGUUAUGUAAGAUAGGGAAUCACGGGGACUUCUUGGAGGGCACCCCAAAUGUGAGUUCCUUAGAGGAUCAGGCAGCCUCCAUGGAGAGGGAGAAUGGGGACCGUGUGCAGCAUGCAGUACCCUUGCAGGCUGAAAAUGAACGCAAAGAAAACUGGAUUCAUCCAGGAGGAAUCAUGGGGGCAAGCGAGGGUUGUAGUUCCCUGCCAAGUCCCAUCCUUCUUGGAGGCUUGGGCAGUUCCUUUUCUUUGCACCAGCCUGUCUUGCUAUCUAUACAAUGGGAAGAUGGCCUUUCCAUUUCUCAGAGUUCUCAUGCAAUCAGCCGAAGGUUGCAGUUCAAAGGUCAGGAUCAGCUAAUGGACUGGGUCCCAGGAUGCAGGAGGCCCAGUGCAGAUGGGCUCUGCCCUCCAGGGUG